UGUGCACACUUUAAAACACAUAUCUCAACCUACCCAUUUUGAUAACGCUAUCAUUAUUUGUUUAAAAUUUUAUUUUAGCACUACACCAUUGCUAAACAUUGUAAAGCUUAAACACGGACGCGUCUCAAUUUAAGGGGUCGGGAGAUUAUUAUUGAAAUCACUGCAACUCUAACUCACCAUCUGGGCAUUGCACUACAUUACUAUUUGAAAGUAAGUUUUUAUUCUGUAUUCUGUUUUAAACAAUUUUAAUCCAAUGUUAAAUACUCUUAAACUUUAAUUUGUUUCAGGGUUACAUUGAUCAAAACGCUAGGCUAAUGCCACUACAAAAAAAAAAAAAAAAUUAAUCAAAAGAUAGGUAAAUGAAGGAAAAACAAGAAAGUUUAUAUAUAUAAAUGUUUUAAACAAUUUUAAUCCAAUGUUAAAUACUCUUAAACUUUAAUUUGUUUCAGGGUUAAAUUGAUCAAAACGCUAGGCUAAUGCCACUACAAAAAAAAAAAAAAAAUUAAUCAAAAGAUAGGUAAAUGUAGGAGAAACACGCAGGUUUAUAUAUAUAACUAAAUGUUGUAUGAGAGGUAAAAAUGAAAAAAAAAUACUUUUUAAAAAAUACAAAAAUUACCAGAAAUAAAUGUUAAUAAUUUGUUUUAGACUGAGCAUAUUCUGUGUUGAGCUAGAUUUAAACUUUCUAUUAGCUCUGUAUAUGGAUUUUAAAAAUCUUCAUUUUUGCUAUUGGUGAAUGUCUUUUUUAAUGGAAUGAAAUUUACGUAAAGUGCAGUGUGAGAGACAGAUAUAUAGAUAGAUAGAUAACAGAGAGAUAGAGAGAGAAUUAGAGCAAAAGACAGCGAGAGACAGAGAAAUUCGGAGAGAGACAGAUAGAAAUAAUAACGAAUGUGAUACAAUGAUGUUAAUAAAAACAAGAGAGAGGCAAAGAGAGAGAGAGAAAGAGACUUGUGGGAACACGGAGAGUGACAGAAAGUUAUGGAGAAUUAGAGAAAAUGAAAGAGAAAGUUGGAAAGAAAGAUAUAAUAAAAAUGAGAUAUAAUGAUAUUAAUAUAAGACAAACACACACACACACACAGAGAGAGAGAGAGAGAGAGAGAGAGAGAGUGAGAGACGUAUACAUAUAAAUACGAAUAGCGAGAGAAAUAAUAACAAAUGAGAUGCAAUAACCAUAUUAAAAUAGCGAAAAAGAAAGAAAGAGAUAACGUUGAAGAGACUUAAGACUAUCUUGAAGAGAGACCAAAAGUUAGAGAAACUUAGAGAAACAGAGAGAGAGAGAGAGAGAGAGCUGCCGAUAUUGUCCACAUAUGUGGGAUGUUGAAGAAUAAUAUUAGACAGUAAUAUUAAAGAGACACCUACUUAAGAAUGCCUUUUAUUCUGUCAUGGGCAUAGCUGUCUACAAGCAUUUUCACUCUCACUCUCUAUGCCCUUUUCCUUCUCCCCUAUUUUUGUGUCUCUUUAUACCACUAUCAAUUACUCUUUAUCUAUCUCCCUUUAUAUCAAUCACUAUUUUUCUCUCUUAAUCUCUCUCUAACUCACUCUAUAUCUCUCUCCUCUCUACUUUGUGUUCUCUCUUUCAAAAAUAUAAUCAUCUGAAAUGUUGAUAUGCUAUAAUAAUAGAAAAUAAACAGGUUCAUGGGGGAAAAUUUAGUUUUAAAAGUUUAGGAAGAUAUGUGAAGAUAAUAAAAGAACUAAAACUAAGACCAUCGGUGAACGCUCCUUCUGCUUCCAUGGGCCCACGUUCUGGAACAAGCUCCCCUUCCAUAUACGUCAUAGUGAAACCUCGUCCAUUUUCAAAAAGUCCCUUAAAACUCAUCUGUUUAGGUCUGCCUAUGACCUGUGAUGCACCCUCCUUCCCCUACCUCAUUUUCUGUUUCGGGUUGAUCCUGAAGUGUCAAAGUGUCCUCGUUUUAUAGCCAUUUUCAUUGUUUCUAUAGAAAAGUAGUUACUAUCCUUGUGUCUCAUUUGUAUUUACUUAGUUUACAUGUUUUAAUAAUUGUAAAGCGCUUAGAGCUUUAUGAUAAGCGCUAUAUAAAAAAGCCUAAAUAAAUAAAUAAAUAAAUAAUAAAUGGGCUGCGACAUAGUGUGCCUUUGAAGACAUGGAUUUAUCUUUUUAAUAAAAUAUUAAUAAUAAUAAACGGAACGGAAUUUUCUGAAAAUAUUUCUUUGUCCUGAAUUUAUCGAUGUCUUUGCACUGCCAUCAAUUACCACCAUUAAUUCAUUGACAAUGCACUGGCAAUAAUAUUUAUAUGCGCAUUAAGUUUUGCGCCUUUAAGAUUUAUUAAUCUUCACAAAAUCAUGAACAUAAAUUAAAUAUGAGUUCAUUUGUUGUUGUUGUUGUUAUUAGAUAUCACACGUACUUUUCAACCCAUACCCUUAAAUCUGUAGUAAUAAUUAAGUCUUAAACAUUUCGAAUGAAAAGUUUUUCUCUUGUGAAAAUGUAAGGGUUUUUCCCACAAGAAUUUCCAAUAAAAAAAUUGUAAUUCCCGAUAUUAUUUCGUUUGUGUAGGUAAGAGGGUCUUCCACGUGAUUCAAGGUAACUGACAAUUUAAAACACUUGCAAUAGAUAGUUGUGCUAGCUCCUCUGAUCUUUUUUAAAAUAUGCAUACACACGUUAAAGUAAAUUUAAAAUCUUACUCACAUUAUUAAUUGUAUUAAUUAAUUAAUUAAUUAUUAAUUGUAGAUGAAUUGCAACAUGUAUUUUAUCAUAAUGUAAAUCUUAAAUGCAAUUUACUUCCGUCUAAUUUCAACUUCACAAUAGAUUCAUCCUUCAAUAACAAGAUGAAUUCUUGUCCGUACUUGUAUUUAUAUGUAUGGUAAAUUUAAAUAAUUAAUUUUUGUAUCAUAUUUAUUUAUACAUAACUUAUUUUUAUUUUUGUUGUUGUAACUUUGAAUAUUUAAAUUAACUGAUCUCAAUUCUGCUGCAUGCAAAUAGUAACAAAGAAAAGAAAAGUGGAUACACUCUUAAAUUUUUGUUUGUGAUUUUAUUUGAAACUCUACAUCCACUUAAUUAUUUUUUAAAAAUACAUGUAUUUUUUGUUCAAAUAUUGUAUUUUUAAAUAAUGCAAAUGUGUUUGAUGUGUUGGGGAAAUAUAAAUACAUUUUUGAUUGAAUAUUUGUAUAUAAAAUAGUGAUUUGAGAGGAGAAGAAAACGCCUAAAUCCAUGAUUCAGUUGCAACAGCUAAAAAUCAUGUUGCCCUUGACAAGUCAAAUAGGUCUCUUCCCCCUCCAUGUAAAUGUGUGUUUUGUUUGUGUUUUUAUAUAUUUUUUAAAGAUGUUGUUUGUUUGGGAUUUUCCGAGCUCGUGAAUGAGUGUAUUUAUUGUGACGAUCUGAGGCUGGACUUUGUAAAAUUACUUGCACCGAAACUCCGCCUUUGGAAACCCCUGUAAAAUAAUAACCUUCCCUUCCACUCGGUUUGCCCUGCAGUCGCAUAGCCCGAGUGACUUUCCUUGGUGUUAUUGCAUACCUCUCACUGCAAAAGCCUGGAUUUUGUGUUCAACCCCUCUCACAGAUGAACCUUGAGAAAAUAAUACCCUCCCCCCCCCCCCCCCCCCCCCCUGCACAGGAGGCAGCAAAUCGGAAUAGCGCCCCUUGUUGUUAUUUGCAUUUCUACAUCAGGAAGCUCACGCAUAAGCGUGAUUUUGGAUUUCCCACCUGACCCCGAUAAGCUUUGAGGGUAGAAGGUCAAACCCGCAACGUAGAAAGUGAUUGUCAUUGGAUGGGAAAGCAAACAACAUUUAAGCCACACAAUUUAAUCAUCACCCAAUUCGAAUAAAUAGCCAGAACAAGCAAGAAUAUGUCUUUUAUUAUUAUUAUCCCUUGACUGUGAACGCUGGAGAUAACUACCCUAGAGACUUCAUAAGCGUGUUCAUUAACUGCGACUGCUACCUAGAGUACUAGUAAGUACGCAACCAUGAUUUUGAUAUUAUGUCAUUGCACUUGUAUUGUUCAUAUAACUAUGUAGCAAUUAUUCGUUCGUGUUUGAUCUUAUUCUACUAUUGCCUAUAUUGCAUUAUUGAUAUUAUUCAUUUUAAUAUUGCCUUUGCCGCGGGCUACGACACACCGUCAUCCCAUCAUGGGGGAUGGUAGGUUGUUGUUCCAACUCGCCCAUGUCUCUUUUAACGAGAAGACAACUUGAAUAUUAUGUACCUAUAAAUUUAGUGUUUAUCAAUGAUAACUUCAUUAAUUUAAAUGCUUGCUUAGUCCAACAUGGUUGCGAAGCAACAUAUGCUUACGCAGACAAUGAUCAGACUUAUAAAUCCAUCCACAGAUUGGCUGUAUAUGUACAAGCUAUGUCACCUUCCACACAUCGAUCUGAAUUCGUUGCUAUUGGAAACGGGACUUAUCAGCUUAUGACUAUUCGCUCCAUUUUUGUAUCAUUUGCCUUUAGCCUGGUUUCUUUUACUUGACCGACUUACCUUGAAGAUGGAACUAGGGGAUUGAUUUACGUCCUACAACAAAAUAUCCUACGGCUACUAGAAGGACUUCGAGAUCCAGGUACCCUCACUACUACGAUUUAUCGCUGGAGAGUCAUCUUCCCCAUUGCAGAGAUCCCACGGAAUCUACGACCGGGCACUCCGACUUCUCUACGCUUGGAACAGCAUCAAAGACCGGAACAGAGAACACACUUCUGGAACAGAAGAACUCCCACACUUUGUGAUCCACCGAGAUCAUCACUGGAAGUAUACAGGCUAUGUCCACAAACUGUUGAACAUUGAACCUUUAUAAAUAUAGCAUUAAUGUUAUGAUAUCAUCAGUAUGUUAGGGACACUUGCAUGGCAAUGAUAUAACUUUCUAAUUGGAUGAAAUCCAUUUGAUGUAUAUAUAUUAUAUACCUAGACUGUAUUACGGAGGAAUUAGUAAAAUUAUUAUUCAAUAAAUACUUAUAGUUAUUUUCUCAUUUAACAAAGACUUGGAUUCAGUGUAUAUUAUAUAUGUAUAUAGAUAGGUUGUUAUGUCUGUUUGGUAAUUUGGCUUAAUGAACGCAUCCCUAGACAGACUGCCAAGAGGACAUCUCAUACGAGAGAUACACCUCACUAAUAAAUCAUAGGUCAGAUCACCACAUUUAUUUAUACAUUUGAUUGUAGGUCUAUAUAUAAAUUUAUUGUCUAUAGCCACACAAUUAACAUUUAGGUAGUGUUCUCAUUAUCAUUUAUAGUAACCACAAUGGCCAGCAGGACACAAGCUCAGAGAUUUAUAAAGUUAAUAAAUCAACAAAUUGAUUUACUCAAGGGAGAAAGGAAAACUGUCCUGGAGGCUGUAGACGAGGCCGUCAAUCAGGUAAAUCAUUUUUGGAAUACGUUUUCUUUGUUAAUAGUCACAAUUAACUUAUUAGAAUAAACCUUAAUUCUAAAAUAUAAAAUUUUCUACAAAAAAUAAUUUAAUUUUGAAUUAGAUUUGUGUUUUAGAUACAGAGAUAUUCAUGAUACUUAUUUUAAUUUAAAUGCUACGUAAAAUCUUCAAUAAAAUGUAAAACGAUCGUUCUAUUUCUGUGACCCCUAACAAUGGAAUUCUCUUCCACUACACAAUCGCAAUAUACCGACGGCUACAGCCUUCAAAACACAUCGCUUUAAACUCUACUAUCCUGACUGAUCGCCCCCACCCCCUGAUCGCUAAAACGAUGCUGCUGGGUAACCGCCCAUGGCUUGACAUGUAAAUUGUUCUUGAAUGUGUGGAGUGAAUAUACAAUUGUUUUGUUUUAUUUAAUUAAUACCUGUUAAAUUUUUAAGUUCAUGAUUGUAUGUGUUAAAUUGUAUGUACAAGCGUGGUGAGCCCUGCCCUAGGCUGGGGUACCACGCUACAUAAAACCACCACUAAUAAUAAUAAUAAUAAGAAGAAAAAUUCCAUUGCUUAUUGUAUCUCAUGCGUAGGUACAGAGUGAAGUCGAUACGUGGGUUAAUGAAGGACAUGUCAAUCAAACAACUUGGGCCCAGAUGAACAACAGAAUUCAGCAAGUUAUAAAUCUGUUUAUGACUAAGUCAGUUGAAAUUUCAGGUAAUUUAUUGAAAAGAUAGGACUUUCAUAUAACUAUUUUUUAAAAUAUUUUAUACAUUAAUUAAUCAUAAUAUAAGCAUUUAUGCAUGAACUUUUUCUGUUUUUAAACACACACAUAUAUAUAUGUGUGUAUUUAUUUAAUAUAUAUAUAUAUAUAUAUUUAAUAUAUAAAUCUUAAAACAUUGUUAUCACAUAAAAUGUGACGGAUUUUUUUUUUAAAAAGUCAUUCAGAAAACAUUCCUAAAAGUAGUUCUAAUGUAAUAAACAUAUUCAAAAUUCAUGAUCACAAGUUUUUAUUUCACAAAACAUUUAUUUCCGCAAAAACAAAAACAAAACAAAAAAAACGAAUAAAAUAUAAUUUCAAAAAAAUUAGAUCCUAUAUUUUAUUAUAACUAUACUUUUAACAUAUUCAGAUUUAGAGAUGAAAGAAAAUGAAAGUGAUCUGAACCAAACGUCUUCGGCAAUUAGCAAUGACUCUAUAAUUCCUGGAACUACUUACGCAAGAGACGAAGCACAAGAGAGAACGAUGAUGAGUAGUGAAGAUACACGAAAUAAAUCAGGUGAAACAUAUUGUUAUAAAUAUUUCUUUCCUUAAUAAUUGUGUUGAUUCGUUAAAAUUUAGAUGUAUUCAAUGGAUUGAUAAUUUUGAAGAAAAAAAAAUUGUUAAACUUUAAUUUUGUCAAUUAAAACACCAUGAAAGAAUGUGCAAAAAAUAAAAAAUAUUGGUGUUGUGAAGGAUAUAUUUCAAACUUACGUUUCAAUUAAUCCCAAAGGGAACAGUAAGUACGAGAUGAUUAUGAGACUGAUCAUUAACUUCCAUACAUUUUAAUUCCAUGGCUAAAACUUAAUUGAAAAUCUUUGUAAUUUCUUUUGAUUUACAGGUGUUGAUAUUCCUUAUAUUACCACUACCAGAUUCUCCAUACUAGAGGAAGUUGUAUUAUCACUUAAAAAGACAACAGAAAAAAUUCAAGAAAAACAAGAAACUGUCAACAAAAAAAUCGAAACUUUAACAAGCGAAAGUUUAAAAUCUGACAAAAAGUUUCAAGAAAGACAGGCAGUGAUGGAGAGAUCAAUCAGAGGAGUUUCUUCAAAUGUGGAUCAUUUGCUAGAAACUGUAACAAAUUUUAAUGUUAAGUUAAACAGAUUAGAAGAGGAAAAUAAGUCUGUCAGUGUCUCGAUGAAUGAACUCAAUGAACAGAUCAGCUCCGUUGACGCUUGCAGCAAUGUCGCCUAUAUGUCUAUACAAGAUUUGUCAAAGAGCGUCGAGAGUACUAAUCAACAUUUGAAUGAAAUGUCUGAUAAAAUGAAUCAACUGGAAAUCUCCAUGAAUCUCAUGACAACUCAGUACAGAGAACAAUUCGAAAAUAUGGACAAUUUCAAUAAGGAUAAAGUUGAUGAUUUGGUAAGAGCUAUUCCUUCCUUCAGAGUGUGUUGAUAACAACAAUCCCAAUAAAUUAAAUAUCUUUCCAUCAGAUUUAACAUACAAAAUUAUUGAGAGUGCAGGAUAAAAUAGACUUAAAACAUUUAGGCUAAAAUAGAAAUAAAUAAUUAUAAUACAUUAGUAUAUUUAAAAUAGAAGAUUUAUGUAGAGCUGAGAAGUAUAAAAUAGAAAAGAAAUAAGAAACAAAUUUGAGGAAUACAAAUAUUUGUUUUUACCUUUGUGGUCAAGGAAAGGUGUAAAUAUACAAUAUGCGUUUUCAAUUUUUUUUUUUCCUCUCUAAAAAUGGUAGGAACCGGAAUAGAUGAUAAUGGCCUCUUUUCAGGGGGAAAAAUGUAACCUUUCCCUGUAUUCUGUAUCUACUCAUAAUAUUGUGUUAAGUUUUGUAAAAUUGUGCAGUGGGGCGUCACAUUUCCGAAUGCUGACUAAAGGAAACAAGUGAUAUCCGAAUAUGUGCGCGUUUGCAAAGCGCAUGCAAUUUUAAUAUACUUAAAAAAAGAUAUACCGAAAAUAUAUAGGUAUAAAUAAUUUUUUCCCCUCAGUUUACAGCCUGCUAUAUUAUUAACGCAUUUCGCCUGACAAUGGUUAAAUGCAUUAUUACAUCAAUUUCGAACACACUUUUUUUAAAUAAAAUAUGUAAAGUAAAAAAAUAAUCUGGAACAUUAGUUUGAAUUUGUUCCUUAAAUGUUUUUAAAAUAUUCUUAUAUAAAAUGUUUUUUAUUAAUUUUUUUUUUAAAAUGAUCCAUCAAAUAUUUUUAAAGCUAAGAGACGAGCUCUUUAAUAUCUAGCGGUUUUUUUUUAUUUCUGUUAAUAUUUGCUUUUUGUAUAGAUUGGUAUGGUUUGUCAACUGCUGUCUAAACGACUGGCUCCACUGGAAACAUUACAUGAGACUCUAAACAAGAAACUCAUCUUGAGCAAAGAACAUAUUUUAAAGGUAUGCAUGUACUUGUAACUAAAUGUAUUACUUGUGUAUCGAGGUUUUAUUUGAAUUUAAAUUGAAUGACAUAAUUGAAAAUGCUUUUGAUUGACAAUAUUUCCUAGGUUACAGUCGAGGACAUUAAAAUUGGUCUGUAAAUUAUUUGAAUGAUAUAUAAAUUAUUAAUGUAACGAAGGAAAUAUUGUCAAUCAUAUUGUCAAAUGAUUUUUGUUAUGUGCAUGUAUUGAUCCAUUGCUAAGGGGCAAAAAAAACCUAGCAUGUUCAGAAUGAGUAGUUACGCACUAAUUUAAAACGCUAUCAAGCCCUGAUAUAUUAGGUGUAGGCAAGGCAAGCAUCUUUUGAAGGAACGGCCUGACAAUUUCAAAGUUUUAAUAGCGUUGCUUUUCAAAUUUAUUACACAAUUAUCCACAUAUAAAAAAAAUGAACUUUGCCAAGGUCAAGGAUGUUUAUUUAGCUGAAAUGUAAACAUUUAUGUUAUACAAGUGUUAUUCCUAGCGAUCAAUAUUUGUAAAGAUAUAUUAAUAUAUUACCAUGGUACCACACUAUCUAACGCCCUAUAAUGUGUCAAAAGUAAAAGCAAUUUAAACAGCAAUAAGUGUCUUUUGUUUGACUAAUUUUUACUUCAAUAAAUUUAUAAUUGCGAUAACAGCAUGUUCUGUUGUGCCAUAAACUUAUAUCAUAUUCCGUUGUUAUAAUUAAAUAUUUUAUUACUGUACUUCUGAUGCGAGAGAAGAAUUAGGGAUGAAUACUUUAUUACUUUUGAGAUGCCGAGGAAACAUUUUCCUAAACAUUGAGAUAAAAAGCAAGUAUGAUAAAGAAUUAACUAUAGGUAUAUGUACUUGUUUUUUUGUUUGUUAAAUUCCUAAAUUUUCUUUUUUUUUCCUCUAGAUUGGAUAAAUUUUUUUUUGAUUAAAAAGCACCUCAAUAAAAUCAAUAGUCAGUAUCUAAAAGGGUUUCGUUUUAGAAUGUGUGUAGAGUUGUUGCCGUUUAUUUAGUUAUAACCUGGAUGCUAGACAGCAAAGAAUUAUCAACUUUAUUGACGGAGAUAAAGGAAAAAAACAUAUGUAAUAUCGUUAGCAUAUCAUAUUCUAUUAUUAAUUCAUGUGUUGGAUUCGAAUACAUUUUAUUGAUUUUAUACUAGCCAAUAUAGCCGGCGUUGCCCUGGUUGAUUUAAGAAAACCAACAACUUCUACAGCCUUUAAAUUAAGAGGAUCCGAUCCCGGUUUUAUCCCGUUACCCGAUGUGAGCGUGUUUCCGGUGGGUUCAAUUUACUUUGGGCUCCCGUCGUCAUUACAAUAAGAUUUUAGAUCUCAUUUAAUAUCCCUCUAUAUAACUAUAUAUAAACUUCCUGGUUAUUCUCUUUAAUUUGACUUUUCUAAGUAAUUAUUUUUUUUAUGCGAAAAAUAAUUAAACAAAAUGCACUGCUAUAUGUAUAGUAAAUUUACGUCGACAGAGGGGCCCCGACGGGGGCCCAUUCCAUGAGUGUAACGAUUUAGUUUUGCCUGAGAUUGGGAACCCCAAUAAAAAUCGGUCAGAUAAUAGAUUUAAAAAUCGUCCCAUUAAAAUAUAUCUAAAAAUACCAUAGAUAUAGCUUUUUUUUUAAAUUAUCAAAGUUCUUGAAAAUUAUAGAUUGGAUAUUUUCAGUUUUAAAUCCACCUAUAUUUCAGUUUUGCCUAUGAAGUGUAUUACUACAAAGCUAAGCAUAGAUCCAUCAAUUAAAAAAAACAACAACCUAUAGUGAUGUCUAUGCCUAAUUGGUAUUUUUAAAGCUUACGUAAGGAAAAAUGCAAUUGUGCCCCCGGCCCCAGAGGAAUGGAUAUUAUAAGUUCAGUGCCAUUCGGUAUUUGAAUAUGGAUAAUCUAGUGUUUAUGUACUAAGUUCGUUCAAGAUCCAUUUAUUCAUGUUGGUGUAUUUGUUGAUAAUUGUAUUUAAAUAGCUCAUGUACGAAAAAAAAAAUUCGGGGCCAGCUGGCCCUAAACAAAAUGCUAUACAAAGUUUAUAACCCCCCAAGAGUUCCUUUCGGAUAGUUAUGGAUGCAUGUGGUAACGAUUCAUCAAUCCAUAUAAUAACGUUUGGGGAACAGGCAAAGAAAGACAUACAUUUUCACAUUGAUAUAUAUAUAUAUAUAAAACAUACAUAUAUAUAUAUGAUUAACUAUCAUGGAACCAUGCAACAAAAAAUUCCUAACCCUUCACCCAGCCCUCUCCCCCCCCCCCCCCACCCCCCCCCCCCCCCCCCCCAAAAAAAAAAUGUUAGAAUGGUGUAGUGAUAAUUUUAUGUGCUAUUUAUUUUACAGAUCAAUUGUAGAGAUGAAGAAGUGGCGAAAAUAUCCAGCUAAGUUGCACAGAUUGGUAAUUUAAUUUGAUAUCUAUCAGUUAUAUGUAAAAAUAACAGUCUCUUUGAAAUAAUCUGUUAUAAUAGGCGCAAGGUUAUUUUAUUUAUAUUUCCUGCUGACAAAAAUAAUUAUUUUUAAAAGACGAUUUACUAAUUGUGCCAUUUUCUUAUCAAGAAAUCGCGAUGCUUUGUUAAAUCAAUAUUUUAUCUUUAUGAUGAAGUUAAAUCUAUAAUUGAUAUAUUCAAAUAAAUUCAGAGGAUGUACAAACAAAGCUUUUAAUAGGAGCUUAUAAAAUAUGAUAUCUAGAUUUAUUCGUUAAAAGAGAGGGAGUUUUUUUUUCCAAACAUCUAUAUUUUUACUUUUACCGAUAUUAAAAAAAAAAGUAAAAGAUUCACACAUUAUUCUCAGCACACUGUCGUGCACAUAAACCUCUCAUUGCGCCAUUUCACCCAUAGUCUUGUUACUUCUUUACAUUCAGUUUAUCAAAGUUUGUAUUUGUUUUACAGAAAGUAAACUUGACCGACCCACUCUAUAAUUCAACGCCAGAGACAUAUUUGACUCCAAACACGACAUAGGCACGCGUGACUGUGUUUCAGCUAACUAUAGAAGUCACUUUAAUCCAUCAUCAGGAAUAUUCACUGCACCACUAACUGGUUUUUACUUGGUAACCGUUGAUACAAAUGGAAGAACAAAUAUAUAUUUCAAUAUUAAAUGUUAUUAUACUGUAGAAGAUAGUCAAAAAAGAAUAAACCAUCUCUGUCAACUCUGUUGUGUUACUGUGUAACAUGUUCAGUUGAAUUAAAAGCACCUGAAGUAUUGAUUUUGCGAUUGGAAACUAAGGUGAAAAAACUAUAUGGUUUGAAAAGGGAAUCAGUUUUCACGUCUUAUGAUCAAAUAAUGUGGACAAUUAAAAUGUCCAUGUUUGGAGUUGUGUUAUCGAAAUAAAAGUAAUUACUGUUUUACUAUAAUAUUGAAUACAUCGAUGUCUGGGGUUAAGGGUGGGGAAGAAAAGUUGAUAUAAUUUGUCACCCUUGUCAAUGAGUCUAUGUGUCUAAUUUCAGCUCGAUAGGACGACGAGAACUAUGUUAUUUAGACUUCGGAAGCUUCUUUUUCUCCAGAAUUACACGAGCAAAUGCAAAUUUGAUUUAAAUUAUUUAAAUAUUACCACAAAAUUUACCAUGAAACUAAAAAAAAAAAAAACAGAAAUAAUACGAAAAAAUAUUAAAAAUUAAUAGAACUGAAAGGGAAAGUACUAGUCAGAACGAGAACUAUGUUAUUUAGACUUCGGAAGCUUCUUUUUCUCCAGAAUUACACGAGCAAAUGCAAAUUUGAUUUAAAUUAUUUAAAUAUUACCACAAAAUUUACCAUGAAACUAAAAAAAAAAAAACAGAAAUAAUACGAAAAAAUAUUAAAAAUUAAUAGAACUGAAAGGGAAAGUACUAGUCAGAAUUUCUGGCCACAUACCACAGCGUUGUUGCCCGGGUGGCUAAAGAACUGUAGUGUCAAAAUACCUAAACGUUAGUUGUUGUAUAUUGCCUUGUUUUACUAUAAAUACUGAUUUAUUUACUUUAAAAAAUUGCUUUCAAUAACUUUCAAUUUACUAAAUAUAUGUAAAUUCAACAUCCUAAUAAUAUAACGUAGACUAUAUACAAAUCUUUAAACAAAUUGUCAGAACACAAAAACAAAUUUGACAGUGGCGGUGUUUAAAGUUCAUAAUUUGUUAAGUGUUGUUCUAUUUUCCAUAAUGUUUUAAAUAGAAUGUAAAUCUGCUUCUUUUCUUUUCAAAUGUUUUCAUUUUUUUAAAGUUACUUUUUAUUGGAGACUUAUUACAUAAAUUGGGUUUACUUCCAUUUAUUUGCUUUCUUCUAAUAAAUUAUUAAUUCCAUUUCUGGGUCAAAGAUUUAAAGUUUGAAAAUGAAGCAGUUGUGUGCAUCUGUAUUUUCUUUUAAAUUUUCUUUGAUUUGUAUUAAUGUAAACAU